UACUGGAUCAUGUGCCAGUUCGCGAUGUUCUCUAAAUGAAACAUGCCAAGGAUCUUUUCAGAAUCACACAUGCAAAGUAUCACACUGCCAUCCAAAAGACUUGGAAAAAUUCUCAUCUCUCAAGCCAUUUAAAUCCGAUCUCCCUUUGGAUUUAAACUCUCUGCAUACGAUGGAAUGUCGAGAAGGGUACACAAAGACGGGGGGAGAUGGAAGGGUAAAAUGUUUACCCAACGGAAGGUGGAGUGAUGUCAAUCUACAGUGUGUCGAUGAAAAACUUCGAUACAAGUGCAUAAAACGUCCAAGCUCUACAAGAAAAUACAGAUGGCAAGGAGGAAAGAAUAAAUGCGAAGGCCUUGGUGGAUAUCUGGCUGAGAUUGAAUCUCUCCGAGAAUGGGAAUUGAUCAAGAAAAUAAAAAGCGAAAACUGUUCCGGGUCAUUGGGCCCCUGGUGGAUAGGAGGAAAGGAUCGUAAAUGGAUAAGAUCUGGGCAGGCAAUUGAUCACAGCUUUAUACAAUGGAUAAAUCGGGACAAUCAGGGUCAGUGUUUACUUGUCGUGGAGGAGGGAUGGAAGUUUUUCGAGUGCACGGCCGGAGACAAAGAUAUCAUUUGUGAAAAGGAUGGUGUGUUUUGAAAUUUUAAAAAAGGAAUUGU